AUGGCAGAAAUGGAAGCGCGUGACACAGUAGCAGACGAUAAGUUAGUAGGACGAGAUUGUUAUGAAAGUGAUAGUGAAACAAGUAUUUGUGUUGAAAGUAGAGAUGAGCAAUCAAAUAAUGAAAAUAAUAAUGAUAUUGAACAAUCAAAAAAUGAUAUACCACCAUUAAUUCGAGAUCCAGUUCAACAUUCACCACAACCUAUAAAGAGACCGACGCCAUUUUCUGUUUUAGAUAUACUUAGUCCUAAUCGAUUCCAUGGUACUUUUGCUAAUGACGUCACACACUGCAAUGGUUCAAUUAUUUGUUUGAUGUUAAUGGGAUAA